AUGGCGGCAAUGUCACUCCCUCUCCUUCUGUCACACAGAACCACAUUAAGGCCACGCCCGGCCUUCUCCACCACACCCAUGAGGUUAUUGUCCAAAUGCAGCUCUCAUUUCCCUCCCCUUCUCACAGUCCUUCGACUCCCUCCCAUCAUUUAUAGCCAAAAUAGGGAGGAGAGGAGGAAGGGGAAGGUGGAGGCUGGAGAAGCUAAGUAUGUUAAACAAGAGACACAAACCUAUAGGGAAAAUUUAUAUGUUGUCGAGUUGAUCAAAUACAAAAACAUGAUGAAGAACGAGACGGAGGAGGCAGAGAGGGAGAAGGAGGAGGAGGAGGCUUCAGAGAAGAAAGAGGAGGAGACCACUGAUGAGAAGGAGGAGGAGGCGGAGGCUUCAGAGAAGAAAGAGGAGGAGACCGCUGAAGAGAAGGAGGAGGAGGAGGAGGAGGUGAAGGCUUCAGAGAAGAAAGAUGAGGAGACCGCGGAAGAGAGGGAGAAGGAGGAGGCGGAGGCUUCAGAGAAGAAAAAGGAGGAGACCGCUGAAGAGAAGGAGGAGGAGACCGCUGAAGAGAUGGAGGAGGAGAUGGAUGAUCUGCAGUUUUGGCAGUUUAAGGAGAAGGAGGCGGGUGCAACUGCUGCAGAGAAUAAAGAGGAUGCAGUUGAGAAGGAGGAUGGAGGCGGCGAGGAUCCAAAAAAGAAAAAAGGAGGAUCGGGCUGA